CAGUAACUUUAUGUCAAUCUAGUUCCUUAUCAUGGUUAAGGUAUAUCAUUGUAGCUCUAACGCGCUAGUGGGGAACAAAAAAAAAAGAGUCUUUAGAAAUGAAGAGCCUUGUCUUUUAGAAAAGAUAAAAUAUUCACCACCACUACUUUAAGCUAAGAGUUAAACUGAAGCAUGUUGAAGCAUGCCAAAUCUCCUCGUAAAAGUCCACCUUAUCAAGAACCAACCCAACUUUUGCUCCUAGUUCAUUUCCUUAGCGUUUCUACUCUGCUCAUCAGUUGUUUGUUCCUGAGAUCAUGGCAUUAGCCGUGGUAGGUGGUGCUCUUCUCUCUGCUUUCCUUGACGUUCUUUUUGACAGGCUAGCUUCCCCUGAGCUUGUUAGCCUGAUCCGUGGAAAGAAGCCUGAAAAGUUGCUUCGAAAGGUGGAGAACCAGCUGAUAGUCCUUAGAGUUGUGCUUGCCGAUGCUGAGAAUCGACAAAUCACAGACUUCAAUGUCAAGAAGUGGCUCGAUGUUCUCAGAGAUAUUGUCUAUGAGGUUGAUGACUUGCUUGAUGAAGUUUCUACUAAAGCUGCUACUCGAAAGGAGGUAAGCAAUUCCUUUUCUCACAUUUUCAAUAUGAAAAGGAUUGUGAGUAUUAAUAAGUUGGAAGACAUAGCUGAAAGAUUAGAUGACCUUUUAAAACAAAAGGAGAGUCUUAAUUUGAAGGAGAUUCCAGUGGAAAGCAACCAGCCAUGGAAAAAUCAGCCAACAUCUUUGGAAGACAGAUAUGGUAUGUACGGUAGGGAUAAAGACAAGGAGGCCAUAAUGAAGUUGGUAUUGGAGGAUAACACUGAUGGUGAAGAAGUUUCUGUGAUCCCUAUUAUAGGCAUGGGUGGGGUUGGAAAAACCACUUUGGCCCGAUCUGUCUACAACGAUGGAAAAUUGAAGCAGAUAUUUGAUCUAAUGACAUGGGUUUGUGUUUCUGAUAUAUUUGAUAAUGUGAAGGUCACAAAAGCUAUGAUAGAGGAAAUUACCAAGAUGCCUUGUAAUUUGAAUGAUCUAAAUUUACUUCAACUUGAAUUGAUGGACAAGCUGAAAGGUAAGAGAUUCUUGAUUGUUUUGGAUGAUGUUUGGAUUGAAGACUGUGAUAGUUGGAAUAGUCUUACAAAACCAUUCCUAAGUGGGAUUAGGGGAAGUAAANUUCUCGUGACAACCCGCAACGAAAGUGUAGCGGCUGUAGUCCCUUUUCAUGUUGUUAAACUAUAUCAUCUAAACCAAUUGUCAAAUGAAGAUUGUUGGUUGGUGUUUGCAAAUCAUGCAUUUCCUCUUUCAGAAGAUAGUGAAAAUAGAGGAACUCUAGAAAAGAUUGGAAAGGAGAUUGUUANAAAGUGUAAUGGGUUGCCUUUAGCUGCACAGUCACUUGGAGGAAUGUUAAGAAGAAAACACGCUAUUAGGGAUUGGAAUAAUGUACUUCAAAGUGACAUUUGGGAACUUCCGGAAAGUCAGUGUAAAAUUAUUCCAGCACUCAGAAUCAGUUAUAGUCAUCUCCCUCCACAUUUAAAACGAUGUUUUGUAUAUUGCUCACUGUACCCCAAGGAUUACGAAUUUCAAAAGAAUGAACUGAUCCUGCUGUGGAUGGCCGAAGAUCUUUUAAAAGCACCAAGAAAAGAAAAGAGUUUAGAAGAAGUUGGUGAGGAGUAUUUUGAUGAUUUGGUUUCAAGAUCGUUUUUUCAAUGUUCAAGUAGAACUAGGGGCCUUUAUUUUGUGAUGCAUGACCUCAUGCAUGAUCUAGCAACAUUCCUUGGUGGGGAAUUCUAUUUUAGAGCAAAUGAACUUGGAAAAGAAACCAAAAUUGAUAGAAAGACUCGUCAUUUGUCUUUUGCAAGAUUCAGUGAUCCUGUCUCCGAUAUUGAUGUUUUUGAGACAGUCAAGUUUCCGAGAACUUUCUUGCAGAUCAAAAAUGAAGAUUCUCCAUUCAACAACGAAAAGGCACCACGUAUUAUAGUGUCGAUGCUUAAGUACUUGAGAGUUUUAAAAUUUAGUGACUACCAAAGUGAGUGUGUUCUGCCUGAUUCAAUCGGUGAAUUGAUUCAUUUGCGUUACUUAAAUCUCAGUCAUUCAUCUAUAGCAAUGCUGCCAGAGUCAUUGUGUAAUCUGUCCAAUUUACAAACUUUGAAGUUGAUUUCUUGCUUUAAUUUGACUAAGUUACCUAGAGAUAUGCAAAAUCUUGUAAAUUUGCGUCAUCUACAAAUUUUUUGGACUCCCAUAAAAGAAAUGCCUAAAAGAAUGGGGAAACUAAAUCAGUUACGCUACUUGGAUCGCUAUGUUGUGGGAAAGCAUAAAGAGAAUAACAUCAAAGAACUGGGAGGACUUCCAAAUCUCCAUGGUUGGUUUUGUAUUGAGAAAUUAGAGAAUGUUACCAAAGUUGAAGAAGCACUGGAGGCCAGGAUAAUGGAUAAGAAACACAUUACCAGUUUAUGGUUGGAAUGGUCUGAACGUAACAAUGAUAUCAUCGACUUUCAAAUUAAAUUAGAUGCACUCGGCAAGUUACAACCUCAUCAAGACCUGAAAUCGCUAAAAAUAAGCUGUUAUAGAGGAACAAGAUUUCCAGAAUGGGUGGGACAUUUUUAUUAUCAAAAUAUAACUAAUAUACGUUUACAUCAUUGUAACAACUGUUGCAUGCUUCCUUCACUUGGACAGCUACCGUCUCUCCGUAACCUUUAUAUUUCAAACAUGAAUUCGUUGAAAACUAUUGAUGCAGGCUUUUAUAAGAAGGAUGAUUGUUCAUCAGUGACGCCCUUUCCAUCCCUUGAAUCUCUAGACAUUUCUAAUAUGCCUUGCUGGGAGGUGUGGAAUACUUUUGAUUCAGAAGCUUUUCCUGUGCUUAAGAAUCUUUUUAUACAAGAUUGUCCCAAACUAAAGGGAGAUCUGCCAAAUCACCUUCCUGCUCUGCAAAAACUUUGGAUUAGAAAUUGCGAGCUUCUUGUUUCAUCUAUCCAUGGGCCUCCCACCCUCCUAGAAUUAAACAUACAGAACAUCAACAAAAUAGCAUUUCAUGAGUUUCCUCUUUUUGUGGAAAAAAUAAUAGUAGAAGGAGGCCCAAUGGUGGAGUCCAUGAUGGAGGUCAUCUCUAACAUCCAACCUACUUGCCUGCAAUAUUUGAUGUUAGAAAAUUGUUCGUCAGCCAUAUCUUUUAGAGGUGGUCGUCUUCCUCCGUCUUUGAAAACUCUUGUUAUCAGAGAUAUAAACAAACUGAAAUUCCCAUUGAAACACAAACACGAAUUACUGGAAUCACUUUCAAUAAAUAAUAGUUGUGAUUCGCUCACGUCUCUUCCAUUGUCUAUCUUCCCAAAUCUCACUCGUCUCUAUAUUACAAACUGUGAAAAUGUGGAAUCAGUUUCGGUCUCAGGGUCAGAGAUGUCGAAGGGACUGAACUCUUUCGAAAUUGGCCACUGUCCCAACUUUGUAUCAGUCCCGGGAGAAGGAUUGUGUAUGCCCAAUUUGACUAGCUUCAUUAUUUAUAAUUGUGACAAGUUGAAGUGGUUGCCCGAUCAGAUGGGAACUCUUGUCCCAAAGAUGGAAUAUCUUGAAAUAUCAAACUGUCAACAAAUUGAGUCAUUCCCUGGGGGAGGUAUGCCACCUAACUUGAGAACAGUUGAGAUCAGAAAUUGUGAGAAACUAUUAAGGGGCCUAGGAUGGAAAUCGAUGGACAUGGUUACCUCUCUCAGUGUGUGGGGUCCAUGUGAUGGCAUCAAAUCCUUCCCAAAAGAGAGUUUGCUGCCUCCCUCCCUUGUGUCUCUGAAACUAGGUGAUUUUUCUAGUCUGGAAACGUUGGAUUGCAAGGGCCUUCUUCAUCUCACAUCACUCCAACAAUUAUACAUUGAAAGGUGUCAAAAACGGGAGAAUAUUGCGGGAGAAAAGCCGCCUCUCUCUCUAAUAAAAUUAAUGAUAUCUGAAUGUCCCUUGCUGAAACAACGAUGCCACAAAAAGGACCGUCAAAUUUGGCCUAAAAUCUGCCAUGUCCGUGGGAUAAAGAUUGACGGUAGAUGGAUUUAACGAGCAUGGAUGAUGAGAAGUGUUCAAAAAGAAAUUGAAGAAGAAGAGGAAUCACCAUUUUCAGAAAGCUUAUGGUGCUCAAUAUCAGAGUGGAGGUGGUGGUUUAAUCAGACUUUCACCAAAUUCUCUUAGAAACAAACAUCAAACUUCCAGAAGAAACGGUUGGAACCCUUGCAAUUCAGGUUUAUUUGAAGGGAAUGAGUCAUUUUUAUGAUUACAACAUUGUUGGGUUCACGACAGGAUGUAUGUUUGGUUUACCGUUUGCAAGACACCAAACAGAAGUUCAUGGUUUUAGGUACUGAAAACAGAGAACACACUGCACUAUUGAAGCAUUUAAAAACUUGACAAUUUUCAGUAUGGACAAAUCCCUGUUGUCUUU